AUGUUACCUAGCAUCCUGACGCUAUUCGUUGUUGCAGGCUGGGUCCUGACGUCGGUCGUGCCAAACAUCGGAGGAGGUUUUGCUUCGCCCUUCAAUCUCUCUCCUAGAACCCCUGCAGCCGGCAUCGACUGGAAGACAUUGGCAACAAAGCUUUCUGUCAAUGCGAAGAUCUACCUUCCAGGCACAAAGGAGUUUGCUACCUACACAAAUCGAUGGUCCAAUCUUGAAGCUCCCACGCCAAACAUCGUCAUCGCACCGGGCAUAGAUAGGGAUGUUCAAAAGAUCGUCAACUUUGCGAAUACGCAUAACAUUCCUUUCCUCACCUACAACGGCCAUCAUGGAACCCUUACAACUUUGGGCAGGAUGGACUAUGGUAUCGAGAUCUAUAUGCCUCAGCUAAACUCUAUCUCGAUCGCCAAGGAUGGAAAGUCGGUGACCGUAGGGGGUGGCAUCAACACGAAGAAUUUGACUGAUACUCUUUGGGCUAUUGGAAAGCAGACUGUCACCGGAUGCUGUGAAUGCGUCAGCUUCUUGGGACCGGCCCUCGGUGGCGGUCACGGGUGGUUCCAGGGUCACUAUGGUCUGAUCACCGAUCAGUUACUUUCCAUGAAGGUUGUGCUCGCGAACGGAGACUUGAAGACGAUCGAUAGCAAAUCAGACUUGUGGUGGGGCAUGCAAGGCGCUGGCCACAACUUCGGCAUCGUCACAUCCGUCACUACCAAGGUUUACGACAUCAAGCAUUACGACUGGGCAAUUGAGACUAUUGUCUUCAGCGGUGAUAAGGUCGAGGAGGUGUACGAGGCUGUCAACAAGUACAUUCUCCAGGGUGGAAAGCAGGCCGCGGACAUUCAUGACUGGACUUACUGGCAGAACGAUGCAACAUACAGCACUGAGGGGCCGGUCAUCGUGAUCUACAUCGUCCAAGAGGGUGUUACUGCUGUCGAUGCCAAGUACACCACCCCCUUUCACAAAAUCGGUCCCCUCGCUACGACGCCUCAGUCCGGCACCUACAAGGAUCUCGCAAAGUGGACUGGUAUCGCCCUCGAAUCGCCUCCAUGUCAGGACUUUGGCUUCAACAAUCCUCGCUUCCCUAUCUACAUAAAAUCCUACAACGUCACUGCGCAGCGAAAGGCCUGGGACCUCUACUCCUCCGCUAUUUCUGGUACCGACAACCCAUACUAUAACUCCAUCUUCAUGUUCGAAGACUACGCCAGUGGCGGUGUCCGCUUCCGUAACAACAACGCUAGCGCGUUCGGCUUCCGCGACGCGCACACCCUCGCUGCACCUCUGAUCGUAUACAACUCCACUGGCAAGGCGCAGGACAAUGCCGUCAAGAAGCUCGGCACUCAGCUUCGCGACAUCAUCCGGGAGGGUACAGGGUCAAAGGAAUUACAUACGUAUGUAAACUAUGCGUACGGUGAUGAGGGACCGAAAGCCUGGUAUGGUCACGAGAGCUGGAGGCAGAAGAAGCUCCAGGCGCUUAAGCAGAAGUAUGACCCCACGGGCAAAUUCAGCUUCUACGCACCAAUAGCAACGCACCAAUAG